CGUGCUGAAUGUGUUAAUUAAGCAAAAUAUACCUAACUUUUUAUCUUUUGGUAGGUUACGCCCAGUUUCUGUCUUGAUUUCAGUGACUUGAACUGUUGGAGUCGGCAGCUAAGUUCGAUACUACCACGCGCUUCCAGUUCCGAUCCCCAGAUUUUCUCUCGGGUCGGAAGUGAGAUUCAGUAGCUCCGGAGUCAAGAUGACAGCACUGAGGAUGUUUAUUACGAGUGCCGUUAUCAUUGUCGCUAUUGUGGCAAUUAACAGCGCAACAGCUCAGACGGACCUGAGGGAUGCGCUGGGAUUUGAAAGACCAUCGGCCAGAUCCAACCUGCGGGCGGCGUUCGUCCCUUACAGCACCCGGCAUCAGUUCUGGUUGUGGCCCAAAAAGACCAUCACCUACUGUUUCGAUGCCUCGUACUCUCAAGACGAGCAAGACCAAAUGACGAAAGCGAUGAGAGCGGUAGAAAACGGUGUCAGGAACUGCACUAAAUUUGAGCAAGUGGCUUGCAAUGUCACCAAAUACAAACUGAGAAUCACUCCAUUUGAAAAAGACAACAAAACGGCUGCUAAGUAUUGUGCCUCCUGGCCCGGAAUUUACAAGGCUUACUUGGCCGACAAAAGGAAGUCGGAGCAGCGCUUGGUUAUUGCUCGUGGCGACGAUGGAUGCAUGGGAACUCAACAUGACCUUAUGAAAAUGUUCACUAUCAGCAUGGGAAGGCGCAACGAGCAUCAACGCCACGAUCGGGACGAACAUCUAACAGUAAAUAUGAGUAACAUACAACAAGGUGCCGAAAUUGCUUUCCGACCUCAUCCAGUGGAAUCAUUUCUCUACAUUUGCAAUUAUGAUUACUGCUCAGUUACUCAUAACCAACCGAGCGACUUCGCAAAACGGGGACUGCAAAUGUUCACAGUGAAGAAUGCUCCGUUUUACAUACCAAAAACUGGCCGACUCAGUGGGUGCGACUGUAAAGAACUUACGGAGCUUUACGGCUGUCCAUCUACUACCUGCGAAUUCUUUGAUUGCGAGUCACAGCCUCCUCCACCAAAUUCUAUCCCUGCCGGCCCAGUAUCCUAAUUGCUCCCUUAUGGGUCGCCAACAGCUGAUAAUUAGCAGUGUGUACAUGCGAAUGGAGAUGUCAAAGAAAUGCUAGCACCACCACAUACUUAACUAUGUUCUAUGUAAAAGCAAAAUUAUACGGAAUUACAGACGUGCUCACUGUAGCCAAACUCUGAUGCUUAGUAGUGUCGCUAUGCAUUGUGAUACUUACGUACUUAUGCAGAUAUAAAAAAACUGUUAUUUGAUUUGUGCUCGCAUUUGAUCGAUCGACCAGGCUUAACGUCCCUGAUGGGUUCUCCUGCUCUU